AAAAUGUUUCAGAACACCAUAGAAAAUGAAAGAAGCAAUUCAAAAUUAUCGCUUGAGCAACAAGCAAAAAAAAUGAAGUUCAGAUCCAUCAACAAAUUCCCACCGUGCAAUGUUGGCGACACAGUUAGAGUCAAACUACCAGAAGUAGACAGAAGUAAGGGUGAUCCACAGAAUAUACUCUUUGCGGUUGUGUCUAUAAGUGAUAAUCAAUAUUACGAACUCGUUAAUAAAAAUGGCACUCUUCAUCAACUUUAUUCCAGAAAUCAAUUCACUGUAUGCUCUGAACCAUUAAUAGAUAUUUUAGAAGUUUUAGCCACAAAAAAAUCUUUGCGUGAAAUAGCUAAUAAACAAUCUUUUUCCGGUGGUCAAGGUUUUAAGAAGUGUUUAUGUAAAACUAAAUGCUUAACAAAUAAAUGUAAAUGCAAAUCCGGGGGAAUACUUUGUAAUUCUAAAUGUCAUCCAAACUCAAAUUGUUCUAAUAAAUAA